AUGACACCUGUUUCUGAUUUUUCCCGCGUUUCCUCGAGCUCCACACCCGUAAUUUCAGGCUUUCUACCUCGAGCUAUAUGUCUCCAUCAUUAUCUUGGAGCUAUCGACAUGUCUCACAAACCCACUUCCACUCCGAUUUAUGAAGCUCAAGCCAAGCUUGAAGAUCCAAUAUAUGGAUGCGUUUCGCAAAUUUUUGUUCUCCAACAACAGGUGGUCAACUUAGAAGCACAAUUAGUUUCCCUCCAGGAUCAAGUAGCUCAAAGCUUUUUGUAUGGCUCUGCUGUAGACUACGGGUUCCCUUUGUUGGUUCCCCUAAACCUUCUUCUUCUUCUUCUCACUACGGCCGCUUGUCGUUGCUAG